AUGGAUUCGCUGUACCAGAGAUUCACGGGCAGGAUCAACACCUCCCGGUCCUUCCCGGCGCCCCCGGAGGCCAGCCGCCUCCUGGGCGGCCAGGGGCCCGAGGAUGAGGGCACCGGGCCCAAGCCCUUGGGAGCCCAGGCGCCCACGGUGGUGCCCCGGGAGCGAGGCGGUGGCGGCGGCAGUGGUGCGGGUGGCCGACCCCGGUUCCAGUACCAGGCGCGGAGCGACUGUGACGACGAGGACGAGCUGGUAGGGAGCAACCCGCCCCAGAGGAACUGGAAAGGUAUCGCCAUCGCUCUGCUGGUCAUCCUGGUCAUCUGCUCCCUGAUCGUCACCUCGGUCAUCCUGUUGACACCAGUGGAAGACAACAGCCUGUCUCAGAAGAAGAAGGUCACGGUGGACGAUCUCUUCAGUGACGAGCUCCGAGUUCACGACCCCGAGGCUAAGUGGAUCAGCGAUAAAGAAUUCAUCUACAGAGAGCAGAAAGGAAGUGUGAUACUGUGGAAUGUUGAAACUAAUCUGUCUACAGUGUUAAUAGAAGGCAAAAAAAUUGGAUCUUUGCGAGCCAUCAGAUACGAAAUAUCUCCAGAUAAAGAAUAUGCACUUUUCUCCUAUAACGUGGAGCCCAUACAUCAACACUCCUACACCGGAUAUUAUGUCCUGAGCAAAAUUCCGCACGGGGACCCUCAAAGUCUAGACCCCCCGGAGGUCAGCAACGCGAAACUGCAGUAUGCAGGGUGGGGCCCCAAGGGCCAGCAGCUGAUAUUCAUCUUUGAGAACAACAUCUACUACUGUGCACACGUCGGGAAGCAGGCCAUCCGUGUCGUCUCGACUGGGAAGGAGGGCGUCAUUUACAACGGCCUCAGCGACUGGCUGUACGAAGAGGAGAUUCUGAAGACGCACAUCGCCCACUGGUGGUCUCCAGACGGCACAAGGCUCGCCUACGCCACCAUCAAUGACUCCCGGGUGCCCGUCAUGGAGCUGCCGACCUACACGGGCGCCGUGUACCCCACGGUGAAGCUCUACCACUACCCCAAGGCUGGCUGUGAAAACCCCACCAUUUCCCUGCACGUCAUUGGCUUAAAUGGACCCACCCACGACCUGGAGAUGAUGCCGCCUGACGACCCACGAAUGAGGGAAUACUACAUCACCAUGGUGAAGUGGGCGACCAGCACCAAGGUCGCAGUCAACUGGCUGAGCCGGGCGCAGAACGUGUCCAUCCUCACCCUCUGCGACGCCACCACCGGGGUCUGCACCAAGAAACACGAGGAUGAGAGUGACGCCUGGCUGCACAGACAGAAUGAAGAGCCGGUGUUCUCCAGGGAUGGACGGAAGUUCUUCUUUGUCCGAGCGAUCCCACAGGGAGGGCAGGGCAAGUUCUACCACAUCACCGUGUCAUCUUCCCAGCCCAACAGCAGCAAUGACAACAUCCAGUCCAUCACGUCUGGUGACUGGGACGUCACCAAGAUCCUGUCCUAUGACGAGAAGCGGAACAAGAUCUACUUCCUCAGCACCGAGGACCUGCCCACCAGACGCCACCUCUACAGCGCCAACACCGUGGGCAAUUUCAACAGACAGUGCCUGUCCUGUGACCUGGUGGGCAACUGCACCUACUUCAGCGCCUCCUUCAGCCACAGCUCGGACUUCUUCCUGCUGGAGUGCCAAGGUCCUGGGGUCCCCACGGUGACCGUACACAACACGACAGACAAGAAAAAACUGUUUGACCUGGAAACCAAUGAACGCGUGCAGAGGGCCGUCAACGACCGACAGAUGCCCAAGGUGGAGUACAGGCAGAUCAAGAUCGACGACUAUAGCCUGUCUGCCCAGAUCCUCAAGCCUGCCACCUUCACCGAGACCACCCACUACCCCCUGCUCCUGGUGGUGGACGGCACCCCGGGCAGCCAGAGCGUGACGGAGAAGUUCGGGGUGAGCUGGGAGACGGUGAUGGUGAGCAGCCACGGGGCGGUGGUCCUGAAGUGUGACGGCCGAGGCAGUGGCUUCCAGGGCACCAAGCUCCUGCAGGAAGUGCGGCGGCGGCUGGGCGUCCUGGAGGAGCGGGACCAGCUGGAGGCUGUGCGGACGCUGCUGAGGGAGCCGUACAUCGACAAGACUCGCGUGGCCGUGUUCGGAAAGGACUACGGUGGGUACCUGAGCACGUACAUUCUCCCGGCAAAGGGUGAGAACCAAGGUCCCAUCUUCGCCUGCGGCUCUGCCCUCUCUCCGAUCACGGACUUCAAGCUCUAUGCGUCUGCAUUUUCCGAGAGGUACCUGGGCCUCCACGGACUUGACAACAGAGCAUACGAGAUAACCAAGGUGGCCCAUCGGGUGUCGGCGCUGGAAGGACAGCAGUUUCUCAUCAUUCACGCCACCGCCGACGAAAAAAUCCAUUUCCAGCACACGGCAGAACUCAUUACGCAGCUAAUCACGGCAAAGGCUAAUUACAGCUUACAGAUCUACCCGGACGAAAGCCAUUACUUCCACAGCGCCCCCCUCAGGCAGCACCUCCACCACGCCAUCAUCAACUUCUUCGUGGAGUGCUUCAGGGUUCAGGACAAAACCCCAGCACCCCCGGCGAAGGAGGAAGAGGAGGACUGAGCCCCAGCACAGCCCAGCGCCCGCGGGGCUCUCCCCGGACCAGAGUCGGGCUGGGAACCCCGCCCCCCGUCCCGCCCGCGCUGGGGUGGGGGGCAGGGAGCGUUCCCGGUCCUUAGCAUGUGCGCCGCGGUCCCCAAGGCAGUUUUGCUCCUUCCCGGGUGGAAAUGCCCCCUGGCUCCCCAGGGCUUCCAGGGAGCCCGGGCCGGCCUGACAGCACCUCCUGCUGGCCGCGGAGC